UCUUAAUCUUCUCCGCUCUUCUUUUAACUGUUGACAUUGCAUCUUGCUUCCUCCAUAUUCAACUAUUUGGAUUUUGGACUCCUUUCAAAUUCGUAUAUUCUUGCUCGGGAUUUCUUUCCCUUUCCAUUUAUCGAGAUAAUCAAGAGCAUUCGAGAGUCUCUAGAGGUGGCUAUGCAGAAUCGUUUCGAUCUAUGCAGAAACUUCAUUCCCAUCUAUCUUCCAACCAUCUUCUACUCUUCUUUCGUCCUAUUCACUGACUUUCAAUUUCCCCUCUUAAAUUACAUGAAAUAAAUUAUGGUUCCCUCUAUCUUCUUCUUCAUCAUACCUUAUUUGCUACCCCUUCUUCAAACUAUCAGAAUUUUGGGAGAUCUCUAGACAAUUUGAGAGAAAAGUGAAGAAACAAAUAUGCAUAUAUUAUUGGGUUGGCGCCUUUCAUGUGAAUUCUUUCAUUACUUAGUAUAGUACAGGAAGAUUUCUGAUUUCGGAUAGGUUAUUUGAUUAUUAUGGUUUUUGUUCUGAAUCAUACGCGAGCAGUUCAAUUCAAGGUGCACACGAUCAGGAGGAGGUUCCAGUUCGCCAUUGUUGUCUGAGUCGCAGGAGUCUGGCAAUCCACGGAAACCUCUCUUUGAGGAUACCUUCAUCGAUGACGAUGAAAGACGAGAGGAGAAAUCUGCUGUGGUGAAUCAUUUCUCGAGUGCCCUGGGAUAUGAGUCCGCUGAUGACAAAAUUGCUGGUUCUGAAAUGGAGAACCCAGUGGUUUCUGAUUACAAAAUUGCUGGUUAAUGAGACCCAUAUAGGUAAUAUGGGAGGUCCGGUCACUACUGAGCUUCCAAUGGACAGAACUCAAAGUAGUUCUGGCAUGGAUAGGAGAGGAAGUACGGAAUCCAAACUUGACAUUGAUAGCCAUGUCAAAUUGGAUGAAAGGAAGAGACGGAUUCAAGAGUUAUAGCUCUUAUAUGAUAUUACUUCAGAGUACAAAUGAUGGUGGAUGGGGAAUAUAUCUCAGUAGCCUGAAAUCUGAAAACCAGUUAGAGGAUGGUGAGACUGCACUAGGGAGCUGUGAAGAUGUGGUAGAAAGCAUAUUCUAUCCUAAGAUUCUUGAUGGAGUGCAGCAGUUUGUUUCUGAGAAAAGAAUAAGCUAUGUUCGUAUUGAUGGGCAGUUUUCUAUUCAAUCAUUCCAUAACUCAAAAGAGGCUGAAGAAAAAGCUCAUAGACAAGAGCAAAAGAAUGCAGUCAACCUGUAUAUCCUUUAUGCAAAGUUUGCAUCGAAAGUAUGAGACAGUCCAGGAAAUAGAAGUUGAUAUUGUUUCUUACCUUAAAAGAACUGCUUGAAUUGAAGAGAAGCAGAAUGAGAGUAUCAAGAUGAUGAUUAAUGGUUAUCAAGAGCAGAAUGAGAGUUUUGCAUGUCCAUCAUCUGCUUGUGCAAACAACCUUGAGUAAGCUACUACCAAUACCAAUCACUGUGGCCUUCUCAUUGCUGAAGCUCUCAGUCCAAAUGGGAAGAUUUUGCAACUUCAUGAAUCCGAGCUGAAGUAUUGGGAAGGCAGAGGCGUGAGGAAGAAACUGAAUGACAUGGUUGUUUCUUACUCCCCACCUUGAGGACAAGGUGGUUUCAAAGGGGAGUAAUGAUAGGGACCUAGAUAAUGUUAGUGAUAAGAAUAAUAUAGUCUUUUAUGAGUGUAUAAUAAAACGGGUUUGGGCCCGGAAUUGAAUAGCAAGUGGGCUGGCCCAUAUAGAAAAGAAUAAAUAGGAGUUGGGGGAAGUAGUAUAGGCAGGCAGAAAUUAGGAAGGACCGGGGUCUUGGGAGUGCGACCACUCAAAAUGUCUCCGUUGUUUUAUCUCUUUUCAGUUUUCAUCAAUUUCAUCUCAAUCUACUUCA